GUGACUUGGGGCCCCUCCCCCAGAAGAUGGCGAGUCCGUGCGGGCGGCAGAAGUGCUCCAUCGAGAGGCGCGGCUUCCGCCACCAGCUCGACUCGUGGCGACACCGGCUGCUGCGCUGUGUGGGAUUUGAAAGUAUUCUAGAAGGGCUGUUUGGAGCUGAAUUAUUAAAAGAUCUGAAUUUGUUUAAAGACUUUGAACCUGAAGGUGUCUCUGAUUGGUCUUUUGAUGAAAAUUGUCUUUUCUGCUGUUUGAGAAGAGAAAAAGUGAAGGAACAUUUCGUCAGUCUGGAUGAUCCAGCAUUGGAAGUUGGGCAUCACGCUCUGCUUAAACAAGAGCAAACAAAGAUCACUUGGUUUGAGAGGCAAGCGGAAGAAUUCCUCCAUGAAGUCUUUUAUCGAAAAGAUAGUCCCAGGGUCUCAGACCCCAACAUUCCCUUAGUGGCCCGCGAGAUCAUGCAGCGGAUGAUCCGACAAUUUGCUGCUGAAUAUACCUCAAAAACUAGCUCUACUCAGGACUCCAGUUCGCCCAAUAGCACAAAGAACCAAAGCCUGCUGAAAGCAUCUCCGGUUGCCUCAUCCACUGCAGGUGCAAGAGCUCAAAAUCCCGUGCUCAGCAAACUUCUCAUGGCUGACCAGGACUCACCCUUGGACCUCACUGUCAGAAAGUCACAGUUGGACCCUAGUGAACAAGACGGAGUGCUUGAUCUGUCCACUAAGAAAAGUCCUUGUGCAGGCAACACCUCCUUGAGCCAUUCACCUGGCUGCUCUGCUACUCCUGGAAAUGGUGAGGAGACAGCACAGGCAGUAGCAAUAGAUUCUCUUGGCCAGCCGAAAUCUCCAUUGGAAAAAAUUAUGGUCAGACUCUGCGAAUACCACCAGAAACACUUCGUCCGUGUCCUGAAUGACAUCUGCACUGAAGUACAAACAGGCUAUGAAGGCCAGCAGUUAUCUGGACCUGAAAACAUGGAUGUGUCUACUUGUAGUUCAGGGUGUAGCCAAUAUCAUAUUGAGAAUCAGGAGCAUGGAACUUCUUGCUCUGAGUCAAAACUCCCUCUAUUGCUGGAUGCAGAACAAUCAGAGGCCCGUGGUUCUUUGCGAAUACUAUGCCAUGCACUGAAACAUGCUGUAGAACUGAAAUCUACAGACAGAAGAGAAAAUUGCAGUUCCGUCAGAAGAGAUUUCCCUGAGCUUCCAACUAUUAGAACAACUUCUAUAAGUCCCAGAGAUAGUCCCACUCAAGGGUACCUGACUGCCUCCAAUACCCAUCACUCUAUUAAAAAUCUGGAAGGGCAGACCUCUGCUACUGAGCAAGAGACGGGGACUAGAAAAGGUGAAGAUGACAAAGAUCAGAUGCAAAGUAGAGGUUUACUGGGAGGCUAUGUAGCUGUGAAAGCAACAAAUGUAAACAAUGAGGAGAAUUUAGAGAAUAGGAUGGGUUCUUUGAAGAACCCUUUCAAAGCUUUCCCAGAGGAAACUCGAGAGACGGCUUUCACCGCUAGCUCUCCACGGAGAGCAGACAAAGAGAAUGCCUUGCAGUGCAGCUCCAAAGCCUUUAUGCACCAAGAUACGGAAAUCAAUGACCAGGAAACAAGAUCAAAGGUAGAGAAUCACUAUCUGGCUUCAGGGAAAAGCAAGGGAGUCUGCCACAUGCAUCCUGGUGACAAGACUCACAUGGAGAAUGCCAAAGACAUUUGGCUGCCUAUUAAUUCCAUGCCAGUAGUGCAGCACAAAACCACCAAUGGGCACUCCCGAGUCAAGAGUAUUUCAGCUUCUACUAAAAGUACACGUAAAAGCAAGAAGUCUUCAGGAUUAAGAAUAAAUGAUUAUGAUAAUCAAUAUGAUGUUGUCUAUAUUAGCCAACCAAUUACAGAGUGUCACUAUGAGAGCAAAAAGACAAUAUCAGCAAGAAAGACAGCAAGGAAGAGCACUCGUGGCUAUUACUACAACGGUGAAUGUUGUGAGCUUCCUACUAUUCGCACCUUGGCCAAGACUCCGCAUUCACAGGAGAAUGGGAACGUCCUGGCUACAAGGCCUGAAGUGCUAACAAGUCCUAUCCAGGGCAUUUCUCUUCCAAGUGACAGCUACUUGGCUGCAGCUGAAGCUGUGGAUAGCAAUGAUGAUCAAAGAUCUUCCACAGUGGCCCCUACUCAAGAAGAUUCCUUCAAUGAAAUAAGAACUGAGCAAUGCUCUUAUGGAAGUAUCUCUUCUGAGGUCAGUGUCCUCAAGCAGAGAGAAGCUAGUCUUGCUGAACAAGCUACCAUGCCUGUUUCUCUAUUUCCCCGCCCAGUUUUUCAUUCAGAUAAAGACAGCUUGUUUGUGUCUUCACUGCAGACCAUGACUGUCUCUUUCCCUCAAGAGGAUGAAGGGGACUUGCAAGACAGUACUGACAUCGUGGAGGCACAUAGCUCUGGCUCAGAUUCGUAUAACUGUAAUAGAUCUAAAGAAAAUAGUGUCAAUAUAGCAGACUCUGUUGUACAUCCUGUCUCAGAAGCUGCUAACGAUAAAUCAGCUUCUCUGUUCUUGGGAAAUGUGACUAUCCCAGAACCUCCUAUUUUGAUAGAGCCAGAAGCCCAUGUUAGCAUGGAUCUGCUGAUGCCUGAAGUAUCAGCCAAUAGCAUGGACAUGUUGCCUCCAUUAGAUGAGCCUGCUUCUGUUAUAGAUGUAUCACCAUCUAUAGAACCCCCACUACUUUCCCCUAUAGAUUUGGCAGAACCCUCAGUAGUACCACCCGCUCUUGAUGUUCUGGACCCUUGUAUGACCUUUCCUUCAGAGAUUCCCUGUAUUUCCAACAGUGUAUCACCUGCGCAGCUUGUUGCCAGCCCAAGGAGCAUGUCUCCUGUAAGUCAUCCUACCGGUGGGGUGCCUGAACUUCCUACUCAUAUUGACCAAGAACCUUCAGAGACUCUUUCUGAAGAAUCUUCAGUGGUAGCAACUAUCAAAAUGAAUGUGGAGCUCCCCCAGCUGCUUCCCAAUUUAGAAGCAGCAAAGCUGCCUCUCAGUUUGGAUUGUACUAACACACACGAAACCACUAUUGAAAAUUCCCAGAAUUUGAAAGAAGGACUCUCUGUUGAAUGUAAAAAUGUGCUGCCCCUUGUGGCUGGCAAUGAAGAUAAGGGAGAGAAAAAUGUAAAUGAUACAAUAAACAUCAGUGAGACCACCAAGUCUGAUGAGGAACUGGAGGUUAAUAGUGAAACUCCAGUAGAGCCCAAAACAUCAGAAAAGGACAAGAAAGAGACUCCUUCCAAAACAAACAUAGACAAAAAACGAAGGCGGGAGAAAAAACCCCACAUUGUUUCGGAUCGCUGUCUUCGAAGCCAGCAGUCUCUGGCGCCUACAGAAGACAGUUCUGAACAACCCUGUUCUUCCAAUUCUGUUCAGUUUCCUCAGCUACAGAUAAAGCUUUCUAAAAGUCCUGGUGCUAAGCGUUUUAAGAGAGAGGUACAUCUUGAUGGGGCAACAUCUGUGUGUUUGCCUAAUGACAGACACCAUCAAACACUGCUAAAUGAUAGUAGCAAAUCUACUGAACAGCAGGCAGAUGAUGAAAAUGACAUCACAAUAAGGCAGACCUAUAAGAAACUAAUGGCAAAGGAAUCUGUAAUAGAGGGAAGCCAGAAUGGAGAAGAUAACAAAGAUAAGCCAGCAGCAAUGCUUGAAAUUUGCUUAGAAGCCAAUUCUGACAAGAGAAGUGUUCAUGUUCCAACAGAGAUGUCUGAUAAAACCGAAAAGCAAGUAGAUUUAAAGCCAGAAAGUUUAGAGAAUUCUGAUGGCCCUAUGAAUAUAAUUGAAGUAUUGUCCAACCAGCAUGAGACAAGUAGCUUCAUAUGUCCUGGUAGCAAGCAUGCACAGCCAGAGAAGGCAAUGAAAUGCAAGAAACCAGCCUUACAGUUCUAUAACUUGAGGCACACCCCUACUACAGCUCAUGUGGUCACUGCCACAAGAAAUACAUCAGAAAAAACAAUUGUACAAGCAAACUCUGACAUCAUGGCCACAUCAGCAGAUCCUGUUGUCAUAGACGACCCAAAUGCAAGAAAUGAAAAAACUAUUGAUUUUAACAGCAUGAAAGUACUUUCUGACAAGCCAAGAUUUGUGGAAUGGUGUGCUGAGGAAGACAACCAAGAACUCAUCACUAACUUUAAUACCCAAUAUAUGAAGAUCCAGAAAGGCUGGAUUCAACUGGAGAAGGAGGCUCAGCCAGCUCCAAAGGUCAAGAAUAAAUCUGACAAGUUGAAAGAGAUUUGGAAAAGCAAGAAGAGGACUCGAAAAUUUAAAGGAUCCACUGAAGUCCAGAAACUGUCCCCUGUUCAGAUGCUUUUCAUGAAGGGUUUUGAUAUAUCCAAUAUCUGCAAAUGGUUUAUGGAGACAACUGAAACCAAAUCUCUGGUCAUUGUGAAGAAGUUGAACACACGUAUCCCAGGAGACAUUCCUCUCAUGAAGCUUCCACUCCAAAAGGGUUCUUCUAGCGUCUACCCCAGUUCUCUCCAAGCAGAGCGUCUAAAGAAACACUUAAAGAAGUUUGCUGCUAUGACCCCAGCAAAAAAUACUAUAAAGAUCCAAAAGCUGUGGACCAGACUUCGAGAGAAUGGUGACCAGACUGAGUCAGAGCAGAUUGUCAGUCCAAAGCAGACACCUCCCUCUGAAGUCAGCUUGGCACAAUGUAUUGGACCCAAGAGCAUCCAGCCUUCCCCUAGCAUGCCGGUGCAGACAAGCUCACGGAUCCUGAGGAAAUAUUCCAACUUGAGAGGCAAACUUCAUGGAUUCCAUAGAGUGGUCAAACAGGAGAGGCAUGACUGUGUGGCCAAGCAGCUCUUGGCCGAAAGCAGUUCAAGCAACAAGAGCAUGUGCAUUAAACCCUUGAUGUCCCCCAAGUUGGCCCAGCAAGUGAAAGCCAUCCAACUUCCUACUAAAUCCACUCCGAUUGAAAAAGGAGGAAAGGGGAAAAAAGGGAAAGGAAAGUUACAGGAGGACACCUCCGCUAAAAGCAGCCUUCAGCAAAGCAAAAAAAAGAUACCGAAUGAGAAUAUCAGGACACUGGCCAUGCGGCAGUUGAGUCCUUCAAGCAAGGAAAGAAUCUCUCUCAAGAAAGUCAGUAAAGUGAAGCAAGUGGGAGCUCCAACUACUAGGAAGCAGACAGCGGCAGGAAGAAAUAAUAAGCACACCUCUCAGAAUGAGAAGUCAAAGAAACUUAUUGACUCACGACCUGGGAAAAAAAAGUCUCCCACCCACAUAGGGAAAGCCAGUACCAGUCAAAAAGCCAGCCUGCUUUCCAAGCAGCAAGGGCUUAUGAAGGCUCUAAAGGAGAAAAUGGUGCGAGAUUCCCCCAGUCAGUCUCUUAAAAAGGCAAGCAGUGAGAAAGCUCUCACCAGAUCAGUGAAACGAAUUCAGGAGAACAAAACUCGGAGCAAGAGGAAGUUGAGGGCAAAGAAAGAAUCUUCACCCAGCAAGCGCAGGCGGAUGGAUGCAAAGUAGCAACGUCUUGGGUAGGAAGUGUGUUAUAGAAACUCUUCCUCUUUCUUUCAGUAGUUCCACUGCUGAACAGAGAAGGAGGGAGGGGCGCUUGGGUCUGGCUAAAGGCCAUCUCCCUCUUGCUUUUUAAGGAGCCUUCGAUUUGAGUUGCAUCCGGAGGCGAACACCAUUUUUUUAUAUCACGGAGAAAGAAAAGUUGAAAGUUCCUGGAGUUGAACUGGAAGCAUGGCAGUUUCAGUUCAAAGUACAGUGCCUUAUUUAUCAUGUUAGGAAACAAAUAAAUUAGUCUGCUUGAUUUGAAGCUAGCAGUUUAUGGGUUAAUGCACAUGCACUUGUACUGUAAUGGAAAGAGAACCAACCACCUGUCAUGCACAUCCCACAGAGUUUGAUGGCAUGUCUGCUAAGGAUCCUACAGAGCGUUUCCUUCCUUUUGUGCAUUGUAGCAUACUGACACUGUUUAAUUUGUGCAGGGCAUUAUGAAGCCAAAACCCAAAGUUGUUUCCUCCUCUAAUUAUAUUCUUUACUAGCAGGUUAUAAUGAUGGAUUUUAUUAUUAAGUUAUUAAUAAUUACCUAUGUGAUGUAACUUUGGGCUUUAGGGUUUGGCUAUAAGUUAGCCAGGUUUUGUGUAAAAAAAAAUAUUUUAUGUUUUCAGUGAUAGUCAGCCAUGCUUGGCCUACCCAAGAAACUAGUCCUGUUGGAUGAAUGGAAAAUGUUACCCUAAAAUAGAGAUUGCUUGCCUCCUUUAACAUUUCUGUAAACCUUAAACACCUUAAAGGCUACUUUUUAAAAUGCUGCCUCAAUUUCUGCUGGAGUAAUUCUGAAAUGCAUUUACCCCAAAAUUCCUGGGAUUUUUUUUUGGGGGGGGGAAUCCCUGUUUAAAAUACUCCUGAAUUCAUAGGCAUAUUAUGAUGUUAAAAUUAAGUAUGGAUCUCAGAGAAAAAUAUCUGUAAAGAAAAAGUAUUGGAAGGUGCUCCUUGUCAGAGAACUUUCAUUGCUGAAGAUUUUUAAAAUUUCUUUACUAUGAAGUUUCUGCAAGUUUCUUUUCUAUAGACUUCUUCAGAUAUCUGAAGGCUUUUUAAAAAGUAAAAACAUGACAAUGCUGGUUGUGAAUAAAGUAGCAGCUGGAACUUUCUGGUACUUUCACAAAUGUAUGGGUUGCAACUUAACAUGAAGUAAAUUUCUUUCUGCCUUCCCCCAAGAAGAUGUAGGCUCACCGAUUAUUCAUUAACUUUAUAUGCAAGUUGCCUGGCUUUACCUUCAAAGUUUAAUUUGUGUAUUAUAUAAAGAUAAAGGUGUCAUCUUUCUUUAAAGAAGUCAUUCCUAUGAGAAUACAAUGUACUUAAAAUGCAAUAGUCACUUUUCCAGUUCAGACAUUUGUUUUGGAUCGAAUAAGAAGGGAAGCAAUGUUUUCUCAAAAGAAAACAUCCUGUCUUGUGCUGCUCAUUUGGGAGGUAACAGUGACUCCUUUUGCUCUGAGGCUGGAGAAGAAAGGUAAGGACCAGCUUUUUAUUUUAUUUUUGUAGCUCUCACUAAGCCACAACAAAGGCCUAGAUAAUUGCUUAGAAACUUGUGCAGACCUCCUCAUGUUUGCCAUGUUUGACUCCUGAGAGCUUCCUGUGAAGGCCUUCAGAUAGUUUGACCUUUCAGAAUAGCUUGCCAUGGAUACCAGAUGAGAUCAACAAACUCAAACAUCUUUAUGCAUUAUUGUAUUAACUAGCCUGAACCAGUUUUUCCAAGCGGUGAGGGGGUUAUUGAAUAUAAGAUAAACUUUGGGGAGAAUGAAGGUGUGAGGAAAUUGAUUUUUUUUAAAGGAUAGAGUACAUUAGCAUUUCUAUUCUUAUACCAAAGCUCAUUACUGCAGGCAGAAAAUUGAUAAUUACCAUACCUAUUGUACAGUUCCUAAUUGAUCAAGGAAAUUGAAAUUUGGCAUCUGAAAAUGUAAAGCCCUGUUGCUCGCCCGCUUACUCAAGUCUGUGACUUGAGAGGGUGCCCUAAAGCUACAAGACAUAUCAGGGUGGACCCAUUUUUAUAUAAUAUUUUUAAAUCAUUUGAUUUUUAACUUCUCUUUCCAUUUAAAUCACGAUGUAUAAAAUUAAUUGUUGUAAGCAUCAGGUUAGUCUUAAUAUUCUCUGUAAAGAUUCAUAUGAAUUUGUCUGGUUGCUAUUUUAAUUGUAAAUAUCAAAUGUGCUAGACAUUCCACCAGGAGUAUUAAAAAUAUUUAAGGAAAUGUGUGAGCACAUGCAUGUGUGUGUAAUGGCAAGGGGUUGCAAAAAUCUUUUUUUCCCCAACUUUACAUGAUUACAUUCAGAUAUGCAUUCAACUUCCUGCUCCCUCUGCCCAGGGCUGCUUCCUAACAAACUGCUGGGUAGUUGGGGCUUUUUGUGGUACAUCACUUUAAGCUAAGUGAUUCUGAUUUAGAUCUCUGCUAAUAAAAUCUUUCUACAAUUUGUGCUGUCCAAUUUCUUGUGUGGUCUAGAGUCUAAAUGUUCCUUAUGUAAGCAUUAUGUAACAUGCAUCAGCUUCAAAUCCACCCUGUUUUGCUCUAAUCUGCUGCCCAUACAAUGUUGCAUAACUCUGAGAAAUCAAUUGGUUGCCAGGCCCAGAGUUGCUGAUAGUUUUAGUUCAGCUUCUUACUAUUUUUGGGAGAAGGCCAUACCAUCCUACACUUCAGCAGUCUUGGCUGCCAACUGGACAUGCCUUUUCUUUAUAUACAAUCAAAAUAUUAGAAGCAAGAGAUUAACCAAGCAGUUCAAAAUAGUUUAGGUAGUUUUUAAAAAAAUAUAUGCAGCUUGGUAUAGAGAGCUAACAAGUCUUGAGAUAAAAGAAAACAAAGUAUUAUCUAAUUGGAAGACAGUGCUCUGUGCUUCAGUCCCAGUGACACUCAGUUUUAUUUAUUUAUUUAUUUUAUUAAAUUUCUAUACCGCCCUUCUCCCGAAGGACUCAGGGCGGUGAACAGCCAGAAGAUAAAACACAGAGAUACAAAAUUUAAAAUAGAUUAAAACGAAUUAAAUAAUUUGGCUGAAUUUUAAAAUACCCCAUAAUUAAACAGAUUAAAAUUUGUGUUUAAAAUUUAAAUUUAAAAAGGAGAAGAUUUAGGCCAGGCCAGCUCGAUGAAAUAAAAAUGUUUUAAGCGCGCGACGGAAGGUGCGAAUAUCCGGGAUCCUCCGUAUCUCCGGGGGGAGCUCGUUCCAGAUCGUAGGUGCCCCCACAGAGAAGGCUCUCCCCCUAGGGGCCGCCAGUCGACAUUGUUUGGCUGACGGCACCUGGAGGAGCCCCUCUCUAUGGGAGCAUACUGGCCAGUGGGAGGCUAUUGGUGGUAGCAGGCGGUCCCGUAGAUAACCAGGUCCUAAGCCAUGGAGCUCUUUAAAGGUGGUAACGAGAACCUUGAAGCGCACUCGGAAGACCACCGGGAGCCAGUGCAGCUCGCGCAGGAGAGGUGUUACAUGGGAGCUCCACGUUGCUCCCAUAACCACCCGCGCGGCCGCACUCUGCACCAGUUGGAGCCUCGGAGUGCACCUCAAGGGGAGCCCCAUGUAGAGAGCGUUACAAUAGUCCAGACGAGUUCUGGCAAAGUUCAUACCUGGCAAAGAUGUUGAGCCUCUAAUAUUCAAGUAUCUUUUUAAGAGUUCCUUGAGAUGUCCUUCAGAACACUUCUUUUUUGACACUCAAGUCUCUUCAUUAAAAUGACCUUUGAAACUUGGCUUGUGCUAUUGCUGGGUUUUCUUUUAGAAACUACAGGACUUAAUUAUGUGCCUUGCAUUCUAUUGUGAACAUUUUACCUUUCCCCCAUCUAAUAGAUAUUAGGUAUGUAAGGUGCAGUUUCACGUUCCGAUUACCAUAGGAAAAAUCCCCCAAACCUGUCCUGUUGUUUGGCUUUUAUCAUAUUUGUAUCUUAUCCUUCUUACUGUGGUCUUUUUCUUUGUCUGUCCAUAAUUCUUCCAACUGGCAUGCUUCCGUUCUCUCUUAGUAAUCCUACUCUUAGCCAAACUCUUGAUGCUUUGCGGUUGGGCAUGCUGUUGCAUUCAGUAGUUUCUAGCAAUAGCUAUAUAGAACAGCUUAAACUCAUGUAGUUUAUGAAGUGAAGAAUUGCACCUUCACAUCUCUGUGCAUAACAGUAACCUCUAUAACAAUUGGAGCACUCACUUUUCUCUGUUAAUGGCUUUUUUUUCCAUCUUGUCAAACACAUAUUCUCAACAUGUAUAUGCUUUUACUUUGAAAUAAUAAUAAUGAUGAUGAACUGGAGAAAAUCAUAAAAUAUAAAGACCUGCAAAAAAAAGUAGAACAAUUCUAGCAAAAGAAAACAUCAAUAGUACUAAUAGUAGUAAGCUCCUUGGGUGCAAUUCCAAAACAUCCAGAGAGCCAUUUGAGAACCAUUGACAUUCAUAAAAUCACCAACAAUCAGUUGCAAAAGAUAGUUGUACAGAUAGUCCUUGACUUAUAACCACAGUGGCCUGGAUCUUUGGCUGUAAGCCAUUAUAGUCAUAAAUUGAGGUACCAUGUGACCAGAAUUGAUUUUACAGCCAUUUUUACCAGGUCAUUGAGUCACCAUGGUUGUUAUUUGGCUAUUCAGCAAACCACAUAGUUGUAAGUGUGAACUCAUUUUAUCUGAUGAGCAUUUUUUGCCUGAAGAUGGCAAAAGAGUUGCAAAACAUGAUCAUGUGAAUAUGGGACAGGGCAACUGGUUAUAAAUGCAAGCCACAUGCCAAGUGCCUGAAAUGUGAUCACAUGACUGGAAGAGGUGAUGCAUCAGUUGUAACUAUUAGGAUAGAAGUAACAUUUUUUAAAAAAAUCUGUGAUAACUUCAAACAGUUGUUAAGUGACCACUCGUACGUUAAAGACUACCUAUAUUUGGAACAGCUUACAUACUGCAACAGUUCCUUUUAAUAAAAUUAAACAAUAUUUGCCUAUCUCAGUCUGAGAAGAAUUGAAUAGAUGAACAAAAGGGUUGUUGUUUUUUGCAUUUACCCAAGGGACUGCAGAAUACUUAUUUUAGGAUAAUCUCAGGAGUUUCAAAUUUGCAUUGAGAGUAAACUCUUCUCUUCUUUAAAAGCUUGUUUUUUGAGCAGGCUUCCUAAAUAAUUAAAAAUGAAUGAUUUUUCUAACAUGUAUGUAAUCAUUUGCAUAAAUAACUCUUUACAUUGCUAUCAAAAAUUUCCAAGUGUGUGUGUAUGCAUUACAUUGAAAUGCAAUUGAAUAUAGACAUAUAUGUAUAUGUGUGUGUAGUACAGACACAUGGACAUGAUGCUGUGUUUGCCCAGCAUCUGGCUAGAGAUUAAAAUGCUUUCCUAGGUGCAGGAUAAAUUCUGCCUUUCUCCCUAGGUAGUCACAAAAUGGAAGAAUAAUAAUGUAAAUAUAAAUAGUUUUAAAUAUUUAUUUCCUGUAUUUUGUGCUGACAAGUCUCAGGAGUUCUGUUGGUUUGCAAUAUUAUAGAAAGGUGGUGGUAUUUUAAAAAAAAUAAUAAUAAAGGCAUGUUUCCUACUGCAAAUAGCAUUAAACAGAAGAACUGUCAACUGGUCUGGAAUUUAUGCUGCAAAAUCAAAUUCCAGAUCUUACUGAGAUGUAAGCCUGUGCAUGGGCUAAAUAUCUCACACUCGUCAUUAAAUAUUCCUUUAUGUUAAAACCAACACCUUUAAUACAGAAAUCUUGAUAUUAAGCAUUAUAAAACCAUUAUAGACUACAUUCUGCAUUAGCACAAGUGCUGUGUUAUAGUAGACAGGAAUUAAAAUUCUUAAAACUUUCAGGCUGAAUUGAGAAUAGCACAGACACAGACUGACCAUCUCUGUAAAAGCUACAUCAAAUGGAUUCAAAGCAUGAUAUGAUAGGGUUUUUUUUUUUCCUCGUUUUUUUUUUCUUCUGUGGAAGUGACUUGAAAAUUCAACUUGAGCACAGUUCUUUGAAAACUGCUUGGUCACGUGCACUUUUAGGCACAGCACUUGAAAGCAAUAAGAAUUCUAGUAAUAAAGUUUUUUGUGAAAAAAAUGGCAUAUGAGCGGCCGUAUGCCUAUGUAUGCAUGUCUCAGUAAAGCCUGCUUCUCUUCAGUGGUCUUGCCACCUAAAGAAAGAAACAUCUUAUGUUUCAGUCUUACUGCAUGUUUGGGCAUCAUCACAGGGAAUAACUGGCAAUCCAGAAUAAAUGUAUUGAUUGGGGAUAUGGACUCAGGGAUAGUGAAUAAAAGGAGAUUUUACUAGAAGUUGGGGGGGCGGGGGGUGGCAGGGUGGCAGUGGCACAUAUGAGGAAUGUUUGUUUGCUUUCUAUCAUUUGCAGCUGAUUCUUGUCAAUUCUUAUUCUCACUCCAAAUCUUGAGCUGCUGCGUUGAGCUAGGUCCUAUUUUUUUGGCCUCUUUAUUUUUAUUUUAUUUCUUGGAUCAUACUUUUAUAUUCCCUAGUUCCUCUCUCUUAACACUCCUUAGGUCGCACUAUGCUAUUUAAGAUAUCAUUCUCUUUUAUUUGAUAAUUAUUUUUAUGGGAUUGUGUGGAUAUUCCUAAGCGUGUGAUUUUCAUGUGCUUUGGGCUGUUGAAAAUGCUUGCUCCAUUCUUCUUUCUGGAAAUCUAUUAGUUGCCUGUUUUAAGACAUAAUCCUAUAUGUAGCUCCUUUUUGCUAAUUCUUGCACCCACUUUCUGCUAUCCAGAAAUUUAACUCCUGCCUGCAUUUGUUGUUAAUGUCUUCACUUCUCUUACAAAGUUGCUACAGGAGGUUUAGUAUAGGGAGCAGGCUUCUAACCUUCUGCAAUCAUUUUAUUUUCCAAUAGCAUACCUGAAAACUUGGGGGGGGGGGGAGUUCAAUGAGCCCUCAUCAAUGUCUUGCACUCAACAAGCAAACAAAUGCAUUUGGCAAUUUUAUAUUCUAUGCAUUAAUUUAUAUUCCUUCCUCUCACAAAGGUUUUUAUUUCUUUAUCCAAAGCAGUCCUUUCUAUCCCAUCUCAAGAAUCAUGUAUGGGGAUAUCUCCUCCCCAUGUUUGACCAGCCUGAUAUUGUCAUCCAAACCCUACAUACGAUAAGUAGCAUUUUUGGAAGGGUUUGAUUGUAGAUCCUUUUCUUCUCUUCAGGGCACAGGAAAAUGCUGUGAUGUUAGGAGAAGAAUGUGUCUGUUGUGUAUUGUUGGUUAAAAUGUGUCAUUAGAUAAUGGUUAUAUACCUCAUCUGAAGAACAUUUUAAAUGUAUAUAAAAGGUAAUUCUCAGUUGCUUUCCAGUAAUUCAUAAACCUAUAACAGCUAGGGCUAUUUUACCAUUGAAAUUGUAUCAAUUGUGUCAGCUUCAUACUUGUGUGUGUCUGUUAUUUCUUUGACUAACCAAUGGAAAGUGAUUUAAUCCUUUUAUCUUUUUUCUGUGCUGCUUUCUUUUAUGCAUUGUGACGGACUCUAUGUACUCCAUGGGUCCUUAUUUUAUUGCAGCUUAUUAAACUUUUUAAAAUGUCA